GUAACACCCACUGUGGGGCGCACUUGCCCCACGAAAAAGGUGAAAUACUGUCAAUCGUGUAGUGAAAUAUUUGUUUUGGUUUUACAAUCCACAAUUUCUUUACAAAAUCGCUAGCAACCCCCUCAUUCGGAAUACGCUCAAUAUGUAGAGCUAACUCCGUCUGAAACCGUUUUAUAUAGUGAGGUGUAGCGUUGAGGUAUUAUCAUAAAGCUGCUACAAAACAAGCACAAUAUCCGAGUGUCGAGGUCGCGUUGUACUUGAACGAGAAAAAAGCGUAGAAAAAGUUGAAGGACACUUUUUGUGCGUAGAGAGAGAGCCAAGUGCCUGCCGAGACGUAGAAGUGUUUGUUUCCGGGAAGAACGUUUGCACCUCGAAGCGGGAUGGUCGAUAAAGGGCAGCAGGGCGCCACGGUCCAGCCGUUGGUCAAGAUAGGCCACUACAGCUUGGGUGCCACCCUGGGCACGGGAUCGUUCGGUAAGGUAAAAAUCGGAGAGCACCAGGUGACGAAGCACAAGGUGGCGGUCAAGAUUCUGAACAGGCAGAAGAUCAAAAGUCUCGAUGUGGUGGGCAAGAUUCGGCGCGAGAUACAGAACCUGAAGCUGUUCCGUCAUCCGCACAUCAUCAAGCUGUACCAGGUCAUCUCGACUCCGACCGAUAUUUUCAUGAUCAUGGAGUACGUGAGCGGCGGUGAGCUGUUCGAUUACAUCGUCAAGAACGGCAAGCUGCAGGAGUCGGAAGCGCGGCGGUUCUUCCAGCAGAUCAUUUCCGGCGUUGACUACUGUCACCGGCACAUGAUCGUGCAUCGCGAUUUGAAACCGGAAAACUUGCUGCUCGACCACAAUCGCCAUGUAAAGAUUGCGGAUUUCGGUCUAUCGAACAUGAUGCUGGAUGGCGAGUUUCUGCGCACGUCCUGCGGUUCCCCAAACUACGCGGCCCCGGAAGUCAUUUCCGGCAAGCUGUACGCAGGCCCCGAGGUGGACAUCUGGUCGUGCGGUGUCAUACUGUACGCACUGCUCUGCGGCACGCUACCGUUCGACGACGAGCACGUUCCGACGCUGUUCCGCAAGAUCAAAUCGGGCGUGUUUCCCAUUCCAGAGUAUCUGAACAAGCAGGUGGUCAGCCUGCUGUGCCAGAUGCUGCAGGUUGAUCCGCUGAAGCGGGCCACGGUCGAGGAGAUUAAGAAGCACGAGUGGUUCCAGAAGGAUCUGCCGGCGUACCUGUUCCCAUCGCCCGUCGAGCAGGAUAGUAGCGUGGUGGACACGAACGCCAUUCGCGAGGUGUGCGACAAGUUUGGCGUAAAAGAGCACGAAGUCCACAACGCACUGCUCAGCGGUGAUCCACACGACCAGCUGGCGAUCGCGUACCAUCUGAUCAUCGACAACAAGCGCAUCGCGGAUGAGGCAGCCAAGGCGGAGCUGAAAGAGUUCUACGUCGCCGGGAGUCCACCACCACCGGGAGCGGACAGCAAGUUCGGCAUUCCGCAAGGGCCAGCUUCCCUCGGUGCCGGUUCAGCGCAAGGCACCCCCAACGAACCGUUCAAAUCUCCCUCGAUUCAUCCGGAGCGUAUCGCUCCGCUGCGCGAGCGGCCAGUAACAACGUCCGCCCAGAACGUGCCAUCGCCCGCACUCAGCAACAUGUCCCCCUCGGCAGUGAUGCCGAUCGACAAGCAUCGCGGAACGCCGGUCAAGCGGGCCAAGUGGCAUCUGGGCAUUCGGUCACAGUCCAAGCCGAACGACAUCAUGCUGGAGGUGUACCGCGCCAUGAAGGCGCUCGACUUCGAGUGGAAGAUCAUCAACCCGUACCACGUGCGCGUACGCAAGUACAAUGCGCGCAACGACAAGCACGUCAAGAUGUCGCUCCAGCUGUACCAGGUCGAUCCGAAGAACUAUCUGCUCGACUUCAAGUCGCUCACGAACGACGAGGUCGAGCAGGGUGAUGAUGUGAUUAUGGAAAGCCUGACACCACCGCCACCGGUCGGUUUCGGCGGGAUGGGCAUCCCGAACAUGCAGCCCAGCGGCCACCACACGAUGGAAUUCUUCGAGAUGUGCGGGGCGCUGAUAGCACAGCUGGCGCGCUAACCUGGCCGGGCCGGGCUGGGCCGGGGGUUCUGUUGUUGAUGCACCAUAUUUUAUUAGAUUAUUUAACGACGCUGUAGAUGAAAGCCAAAAACCACCAAACAUCAACCGAAAUGAAAGUGUAUGUGUGCGCGUAAGUAACAGAGAGGAUAAUAUAUAGUAGACACAUGCCUUAAGAGUACGUGCGGACGGACGGUUGCUGCGAUGUGAUUUGUUGAACGCUACAUUUCGAAAAUGUUGUUUCUUUCGCGUACAUUUUAGAAUAAAGACUAACGGUUUAGACCAUGUAGCUAUGCUUCCCAAAAGUGCAAAAGAAGACACAUAACACUGGAGGAGGUAACGUCAAUCGCUCCGGUCAUCUGUUGUACUAAAGUGUAGACAUUUUCCUCUAAACUCAAUAAAUAACGAAACAAUUUAAAUUACCUUCGGA